GCCGCUCCUCCGCACACCGCACCGCCACACUCGCUCUCAGCACCUCGCUCGGCCGCUCUCCACCCCGCUCCGGUGCCGGCCCCGCGCCAUGGCGCCCAAGUCGCUCAUCGCAGCGUCGCGCGAGCGCUACCUGACCACGAUCCGCUCCGUGCAGCCGCCGACGCGCUGGAAGAUCCUCGUCGUCGACGGCUUCACACGCACGCAUCUCAAUGCGCUGCUCAAGCUCGACGCCAUCCUGCGCGAGAACGUCACGGUCGUCGAGGUCAUCGAGGGCCGCCGCGAUGCGCAGCCCGACUACGAGGCCGCAUACCUGCUCUGCCCGACGAGCCAGAACGUCGAGCGCAUCAUCAGAGACUUGACGCCGGGCGCAGAUGGGAGGACGCAGUAUGCGGCGGGACACGUCUUCUUCGUCGAUGCCCUGUCUGAUGCGCUCCUGCAGCGCCUGACGAGCUCGCCCGCCGAGCCGCGGCUGCGGCAGCUCAUCGAGCUGUACAACAACUUCUGGCCGACCGAGGCGCAGGUCUUCUCGCUCAAGACGCCGCAGAGCCUCUACACGCUCUUCCAGCCGCCGGGCGGCUCGUGGGGCCUCGACCCGGCAGAAAGCCUGGCGGCCAUCGAGGACGAGCUGCAGUACACGGUGCAGACGCUGCUCAACGUCUGCGUGACGCUCAACGAGUUUCCGCUCAUUCGCUACUACAAUCCCUCACAUCCGCCGCUCGGCCCCCUCACGCCCGUGCCCGGCAGCUCGCCCGGCCCGAGCACGGCGCCGGCCAGCGGCUAUGGCGGCAGCAUGCGCAUGGCGCGGCUGCGCGGCGCAGAUGCCAGUGCGGCGUCCACCUCGGGCCCGUCCGGCGGCGAGCACUUUACGCGCAAGCUGGCGAUGCGCCUGCAGGCAGCGAUCGACGCCUACGUCGCCGACAACCCGCCGAAGCCCGAGACGCGGCCGCGCGGCGUCAUGUUCAUCACCGACCGCACGAUGGACACGGUCGCGCCGUUUCUGCACGAGUUCAGCUACCAGGCCAUGGUCAACGACCUGCUGAGGCUCGACGACGACGGCACGUCGUACUCGUACCGCUUCGUCAAUGCCGAGGGGCAAAAGGAGGACAAGACGGCGCGCCUGAGCGACGAGGACGCCGUGUGGUGCGCGAUUCGGCAUCUGCACAUCGCCGAGGCCAUCGACCGCCUCACGCGCGACUUUGCCAGCCACGCCGGCUCGGCGCAGCUCAACGAGGGCAGCAGCCUCUCGGACAUGCGCGAUCUGCUGGCGAAUCUGCCCGAGAUGCAAGAGACGAAGGACGCGCUCAGUCUGCACCUCACGAUGGCGCAGGAGGCGAUGAACAUCUUUGAAAAGACGCGUCUGCCGCAGCAGGCCAUGGUCGAGCAGAACUGCGCCACGCGCACCACGCCAGAAGGGCAGAAGCCGCGCACGCUCGUCGAGGAGAUGGUGCCGCUGCUCGACGACCGGCAUCUCAGCAACGCCGACAAGGUGCGCAUCAUUGCGCUGUACAUCAUGUACUCCGAGGGCGUGCCGGACGAGGACCGCAAGCGCCUCUUCCAGCACGCGCGCCUCGGCCUGCAGGAGAUGGCGGCGGUGGACAAUCUGGUGCACCUCGGCGCGCGCGUUGUGAAAGACCCGCAGAACAGCGGCUGGGACGCCUGGUUCCGCAAGGGCAAGCGGCGCCAGGUGCCGGGCGAGAACGAGUACGAGCUGAGCCGCUACCAGCCGCUGGUGAAGCUCAUGCUCGAGGACCACUUUGCCGGCCGCCUCGACCAGACGACGUACCCGUACGUCCGCGACGCGCCGGCCGAGACGGGCCUGGCGUCGGGCCUCGGCAACCCGCUCGGCAGCUCGCGCUCGUCGUCGCCGGCCGUCGGCGCACCGCGAGCAGCACCGAGCAGUCUGCGCACCGCCAAGCCGACGUGGCACCAGAAGGGCCGGCCGGGCGCAGGUGGCGCAGGCGGCGCGGGCGCCGAGCGCAACGACAAUCGCCAGCGCGUCAUUGUGUUCGUCGCCGGCGGCAUGACGUACUCGGAGAUUCGCAGCGCGUACCAGGUCAGCGAGAAGCUCGGCCGCGACGUGUACAUCGGCUCCUCGCACACCAUCACGCCCGAGAGCUUCAUCGAGUCGCUCAAGCGCUUCGGCAAGGCCGGCGGGUCAGGUGCGCCGAGCCCUCGCAGCGGCAGCCUGCCCGCCGGCGCUAGCCAUUUCUCAAAGCCGGACAACGACUCGAGCGGCAUUCGAGCGCAAGCUGACCGCGCCCGCGGCGGCUCUCGUCAGCAUGCCGACUAUGCCGACAAUGGCCACGGCGCGCACCACCACCACCACCAGCAUCAUCACAGCCAACCGCACGCCUCGGUGCCUCAGUCUGCGCCUGCGCAUCGCUCAAACGGCAGCACCAGCUUCCCGCCGAACCAGUCCAGCUACGACCGCCGCUUCCAGGCCGCCGAACAGCCGCAGAUCUCGCCGCCGCCCAGUGCGCCGCCGAUGCGGCCACAAGGAGGACGUGCACCGGCACAGAGCUAUGGUCCGUCGUCUGGCGCUCAGAUGGCAGCCGGCUCUGGCCGCCAGAGUCCAGCGCCGAGUGCGAUGAGCACGCAGAGCGACCCGAAGGCCGGAAAGGAGAAGAAGAAGAUGAAGAAUCCCUUCUCCUUUAAGCGGUCAGGAGCCUGAGCAAUGAUCAUGUUGCACACGAGUGAAGCAUAGCAUUAGAGAGGGUGCGACGACGGCCUGCCAGCAGGCUGUGCGCUCAUUAUAGAAGGGAGUGAGGGGUGGGGAAGGCGGAGGGCGCACGGGCCACGAGCGCCGCGAGACGCGCGCGCGCCGCGCGCGGACGUGUCACUCGCGCGCGUGUGUCUCAGGCGACGAGCGUGACCGGCUUGACGUGCUUUGCAAACUCGACGAGCGCCUUGUGAGCAUCAUCGAUGAGCUUCUUGCCCGGCUCAUCAGUGACAGCACGACGAGCCUGCAGAUGAUCGGCGACGGCGAGGGCCGCCUUGCGGCCCUGCUCGAGGAACGCGUGUGCGGCGUCAUCGGCGUGCUCGUCGACGGCCUGCGCCACGCCUUCGGCCGUCUGCUUGAGAUCUUCAACGACGCCACGAGCGACGACGGGAUGCGUGUGGAAGCGAGGGCCGUCGGGACG